AUGGAGUACCACGUGUUCAAGCACCCGUACAUAUUAAUAGAGGAUCUAACGGGAAAGUACAAGCCAUUCCACAGGGAGUACAGCGGAGAAAGCAAGGAAACAAUGAUUCCCGUGCUGGAGUUGGACUCUGCCCCCUCCCAGAAGAAGGCCCGCCCUGCAAAAAAGGCCGGCGUAUGCGAGCUCUGCGUGACCAAGUACAGCGACUACGAGGAGCACGUGCAACUGCCCAAACACGCCCAAGCAGAGAAAUCUCACAUUCACGGGUACAGCGAAAUAGACAUUAUCUCUGAGCUUCUGAAAAAGAAAAAGGAAAAGCGAGGGCCCAAGAAAAGGCUUUUCGCGUGGUAA